AAUAAAAGGAAAGGCUUUGAGAAGAGUUGCUUAGAAAGAAGCACGAGAUUUGACGCGGAGCAAAGAGGAACUCGAGGGAGGAGACCGGAGAAGAUCAGAAGGUCCGAGGGACACCGACGGUCGGUGAGCUCAGGUACGAUGGCGACCCUCCUGCUGCGAUCGCUGCUCCUGCUCACCCUGCUCCAGCGAAACUCGGCCAACCCCCUCGCAGCCCAGAAGGGGAACCCGGGCGACACCCCGCAUCCCACGGGCCGCACGCGCAUCAUCUACCGCACGGUGGCCCCCGACGACGAGUACAUAUACGACGAAACGGAUGAAUCGGACCCCGUCCCGAGCCAAAGGCCCGCCCUGACCAGAGAGCUGAACCCAAAGCUCUGCGACUACGACCGCUGCCGGGACGAGCAGGUUCCCUGCGAGCUGCUGUCCGAGUCCUCGGGCUGCCUGUGCCCGGGGCUGAGCGGGCCUCGCGUGCCGCCGAACCCCCCCGAGCUGAGGAGCGUGGUGCGGGAGGGGUCCGCGGUGGUGGCGCGCUGGUGCUCCCCGGCCUCCGCCGUGCUUCACUACCGGGUCACGGUGCGGGGCGGCAGCCCCGCCACGUUCGGGGAGCGGUCGAGGAAGGGCGUGCUGGGUCAGGUGGAGCCGGGCGCUACGGUGUGCGUGGAGGCGCUGAAUGCGGCGGGGUCCUCCGAGAAGUCGUGCCGCGCCUACGAGCCUCCGGAGGACGGCGACCUGGCCCUCAAGGCCGGGCUCACGGGGGGCGCUCUGUGCCUCCUGCUGCUCCUCUCGCUGGCCGCCGUCCUGCUGUGGAGACGCAAGGCUCGCCGGAAGGCCGAGUCCAGCAGCGAGGGCGUGGGAAACCCCUCGUACAGCAAGGACGGGACCAUGUGAAGGGCGCGCGAGAAGCACGGACGCCGCAGCUGUCGGACCGGAGCGCCGCCGAGUAGGAGCAGAACGCUUAGGAAAGUAGAAGUCGCUAGGAGGUGACACACACUCGGCGCACGCCGUGGAUGGCGGAGCAGUGUGUGCGCGCUUCUGAGAAUCCCACGCCGAUCUAACCACGAGGACGGUGACACUCUGAAGGUGGAAACAGGCGUGCGCAUGUGUGAGCGUGUGUGCGUCAGGCUCGAACACGGGAUCACAAUGUAAGAACGGUGUUCAUGGGUGAUGGGGGUGCGCAAGGGCACGUGUGUGUCCGCACGUGGGGGCGGGGCGUCCACUCAUGUGGUAACGCACAAUAAUACCGUGGCUCAUCGUACCUGACGACACAGAGGGGACGGAAUAGGGAGAUGGGAUUAGGUGUGUGUGCGGAACCCCGAGUACCCGUGUUACCGGGGUAACUGUGUACAUAGGAAAGAGUUUGACAGACAGAGGAAAUAGGCUUUAAAUUAAUCCGUAAUUUAUUGCAUUUUAAUUACUUGAGAAAAUGGUAUUGCUUUACACAGUUAAUAGCGAUUUUUGUGUCUAAUAUGUUUCUUGUGUUUGUCUGAAAGCGAAAACUGGAAAAUUAAUUUAUAAUCGAGGUUGUUAAUAUUAUUUUCUUUACAGGGAUCUUUACACUAAAACACCUAGACGGUUUGUGGGCACAUACUGAUUUUUAUCGAGAUGUUCUUUUUAUUUCGUGACUUGGACAUAGAGGUCUGGUGUAAAUAGAUAGAAAUAUUUUUAUAUAGUAUAUUUUGUAAUGAAAUAAGAUGUGGAUGCGUGCACUCGUUUAACCGCAAUAAUAAAGAGGAAAAAAAA